AUGUGUAUUGAAAGGCGACGUCAAAACACCAGAAUAGCCAGUCAAUAUGCAUUAGUUUCACGGUCGUCAACAUUAAUUAGGGCUGAGCUAUAUGAAGAACUUCAGGCAAGAGAAGCGAUAUUACGUGAAGUUUCUAGAGCAAAACAACGGGUAGAGUUGGUUGGACCUCAAGGGCUGCGACCAAGGAGUCUUAACACUAACAAGCAAUUUCUUCAUCGGACUCUCGCAGCUACUCUUACCAAAACAAAGUCAAAAAGGCGGAAAUCGUCGAAGGAUCCAUGA